GUGACAUGUUUGUAUACGGUAUACACGCAUGGAAACGUGGUUAGUGAAGCCGAUAUGUCAGAUGUGCUUUAAACUGAACUAUAACCAGACAACUGGGUAAUACAUUUGGACUUACUUUUCAGUUUCAGUAAACGCUAACACGGCUGUACCGGAAAUACACGUGGCAAGCGACGAGCUAUUUCCUGGUUGCUGUGUUGACAAACGAAAGAGACAGCCAGAUGGAUUCAUAAUUGUACAAUUACCCGGAAACUAAACCAGUUUUAUCGGUGGUUAGCUAUCUUACGCAUUGACAGGCACCAUAGAAGGUAGUUAGCGAACCAGCCUUGCAGAGGCAAUGGACCGGACUAGGCUGCUGUUCGUGUUGUUUGGGGGUUUGUCGGAGUUGUGUUGUAAUGUGUCGGCUAACAGAGGGGGAUCUCCUUCGUUUACUGAUGAAAUCCCAUUCAAAAUCAACUGGCCCGGAGACGAAUUCACCUUGCCAACCUCCGGUGCCCUCUACAAAGAUGAUGACUUUGUCAUCAUGACAACAACAGAGAAGGAGAAAUACAAAUGUCUCCUGCCUUCCUUGUCAAAUGGAGACGACGAUGAUGUCAAGGAGUACGCUGGUCCCACUCCAGGUGAUCUACUGGACCCACUGUUCAAACAGAGCAGCUGCUCCUACAGAAUCGAGUCAUACUGGACGUAUGAGGUGUGUCAUGGGAAGCAUGUGAGACAAUACCAUGAAGAGAAGGAGACGGGACAGCAGAUCAAACUUCAGGAGUACGUCUUGGGAAGCAUGACCAAGAAGACUGAAUCUUCAACCACUUCAGGAACAGAGACUGCAGAGAAAGUUGAGGAGACGAAACCAGAGGAGUCAGAACCGGAGAAAGAGGUUCCCACUAAGAACGUGGAGGGCCAGCUCGCUCCAUACUACCCGGUGUUGAUGGGCCACGGGACGGCCUGCGUCCUGAAACAGAACACGCCUCGCUCCACCAACGUGCUGUAUGUCUGCCACCCCGAAGCAAAGCAUGAGAUCCUCUCUAUUGCUGAGGUCACUACCUGCGAGUACGAAGUAGUGGUGCUGACCCAUCUGAUCUGUGCACACCCCAAAUACAGGUUCAAGUCGUCCCCAGUGAAUGCCAUCUUCUGCCAGGCCCUGUCUGGUUCUCCCCUGCAGCCUCACAGUCUCUCUCAGAUGAACCGAGAGCAGGAACAGCUACUGAAACCUCCCUUCAGUGCUCCUACUGCCCCAGAGAUGGAGAGAGAGGAAGAGAGUAUGUCCCCGGUGAGAGAGGAGGCCUUCUCCUCUACCCAUAAGCCCCUGGUGGUGGGCGGGCAGACUCAUAUUACAGUGGGAACCACCCACAUCUCCCGCCUGACGGACGAGCAGCUGAUCAAAGAGUUCCUGAGUGGCUCCUACUGUCUCCAUGGGGGAGUGGGAUGGUGGAAGUAUGAGUUCUGCUAUGGGAAGCAUGUGCAUCAGUACCAUGAGGAUAAGGAGCAAGGGAAGAACAUGGUGGUAGUGGGCAGUUGGAACACUGAGGAACACCUGGAGUGGGCCCAGAAGAACGUGGCCCGGUCCUACCAGCUCAAAAACGAUGGGGUGCAGAAAGUAAAACUGGUGUCUCACUUCUACGGCCACGGGGAUGUGUGUGACAUGACGGGGAAACCCAGACAGGUCAUCGUCAAGCUCAAGUGUAAGGAGUCUGAGUCUCCCCAUGCCGUCACUGUGUACAUGCUGGAGCCUCAGACCUGUCAGUACGUCCUUGGGGUUGAGUCUCCAGUCAUAUGCCAGAUCCUGGACACAGCUGAUGAGAAAGGCCUUCUAUCUGUCACCAGCUAACAGAACAGGAGGCCUGAGAGAUGAAGAAGAGGGAUGAGCAGAGGGGAAUAAGAAGCGCAAUAGAAAAGGACAUGGAUUUAGGCGGCAUAAAACGGACAACUGAAGAAUGGAUGCACCAAGGCCCAUGGCACUGCUCAGGAGGUUCAGACAGACAUGGAGAAAGUGUUGAUCCUGGAACGGCCCCUGGAAGCCAGGACCACAGUCCCUCGCUAAUGCCCUGGCUUAGACCUCCUCUAUGGACUGUACCAGACCCAUUCUGCUUAAAAAGCCUUAUAUAAAAGCAUGGAAAUCCUAUUCUAAAUGGGACAGAGACUCACAGAAUGUGACCCUGCUCACUCCACAAGGCAGUGGAUCUAUGGCCUGGACUUCAUAUCUUCCUUGUAUGCUUUAUCUUCGGCACAUUAGUUCUAGUGUCUUUUCUGGCCAUAUGCCAGGACAGAGAACCACCAAUCAUUCAGAUAACCUCAUCAGCAGAACCAGUUUCCAUGUUGUAGUCGGUUUUAUUGUCAACAUUCUAAAUUAUCGUAAUUUAUUUCAGAUUGAUUUGAUGCUUGUCCGUGACACUUUGGUUUUGUAGAUAUCUUUGAGCAAGGUCAGUUUGAAUUUUAAAAUGUGCAGACAAACUAACUGUGGGUAUAGUAAGAUUGGGGUUCUGGUGUCAUGGUUGGGAUCAAUUCCAUUUCAAUUCAGUCGAUUCAGGAAGUAAACUGAAAUUCCAAAUGCCUCAGUAUUUCCUCAUUCAAAAGCAAUAAUUUAAAUUGGGAUUUGAAUUUGCCAGUUUACUUCCUGAAUUGACCCCGACCAUGGUUGUUAUGUUACAGGGUGAGUGAGAGUAACUUAACUUGAUGUGCUGUGAAUUCAAAUCCAAAUUUGAGUUGUGAUGAACAUUUGUUACGUACUGAAUCAGAUGUUUCCUGUGAAUUUCUAAAUAUGGUGUGUUCUAUGGUUAAAAUGAGGGGGGAAAAAAAUAGUUAAAUAAAAAUAUAACAAAAAUGA